GAAAGAAAAAAAAACAGUCCAAAACAACAAUAACAUCAAACAAAAAAAAAGGAAAAAACAAAAAAUCUGAAACGGAAGCUCCCUUGUACAGACAAGGGAUGAGAUUUCUAUCUUUCCUUUGAUAAAUCCCAAUACCUAAUUCCCAAAUUCCCUUACUUUUAGGCCGCCGUGAUAGAUAUAUACGCAUUGAGUUCUUUUUCUUGGAAGAGCCUUGAUUCUCUCGCUUCUUCUUACUAUUUUUUCUGUUCUGUAUCAUCAUCAAUCGAUCUCUCUCUAUCCAGAUUCUCCGGAGACAUCUUUUCUAUGUGAUGUCUUUUUUCACUAGUGGUUCUUCUCAUGAUCUUCUGAUAGGAGCUUUGUGUCUUCUCGUAUAGAUGCUGUGAAGGUUCUUUGUUAGAUGAGGUAACUUGUUCUUGAGUUGUCUUUCUAUGUCUGUGGAGUAUAAUUGUUUACAAGGAGGUGGGCUGUAAAGGAGCUUGAUUUUGGAGAUAUGGUUUUAGAGGUGUUUUGAAGAAAAUCUCAAUUCUUUGGUUGCUUUUGGAUUUGAUGGGUAAAGAGAAUCAGUUGGAGACUAAUAACUGUGGAGUCAGUGAUCACGGUUCUCCACCUAUCAAGAACGAAGAACAUGAGGCACCACGUUACAGUUCAGACAAAGACACGGGUUUACCAACUUGCCGUGUGUGCCAAUGUUCAGAAUCCGAUAGAAGAGGAGACGCUGCUUUAGGGUUUUUGGGUAUCACUCCUCCUGUUUCCGAUCCUUGUAAAAGCAAUGCGGGUGAAGAAACCGUUGUUGAUCAGAAAAGCUCAGUUGUCAAACCGAGUGGAUUCAUCGAACUGAUAAGUCCUGAUGGAGAAGUUUUCGUUUGCUCUAACGAAGAUAUUGAAAUGGGUGCGUGGCAGCAUCGAGAUACGUUGCUAGAACUUGGAUGUUCUUGCAAAAACGAUCUUGCUUUGGUACACUACGCUUGUGCAUUGAAAUGGUUCGUCAACCACGGAUCAACAGUUUGUGAGAUAUGCGGAACAACCGCAGAGAAUAUAAGAACAGUUGAUUUCAACAAAGUGGUAAUCUCCUUGAAAGAUUACGCAGCGCUAAGAGAAAGAACAGCUGAUGGAGAUCCGAAUCCUGUAGCAGUUAAUAACAACACGAGUUCUUCAGGGAUUGAUCCUGAUGCAGUUGCAGCCAUUCGAAGGCAACGGCUUAGUGAGAUUUCGUUAUGGUUUGGUCCUCAUUGUUCAAACAACAAUAGUAGUAAUUCCGCUGCUGCAGGGGCAAGUUCUUCUCAGGUUACAUCUGAACAACCUUUGGGUGUAGUAAACUUUGAUAUCUUGCCUAUGGAAAGCCGUGCGACUAAAUGGGCGGUUGAAGGUACCGGAAUACUACUCGCUACCGGAUUACUCACAGUUACUUUGGCUUGGCUCAUUGCUCCUCGUGUUGGAAAGAGAACUGCAAAGAGUGGGCUGCACAUACUUCUUGGUGGUCUCUGUGCUUUAACAGUAGUCAUCUUCUUCAGAUUCGUCGUGCUGACAAGAAUCAGGUACGGACCAGCACGGUACUGGGCAAUCUUGUUCGUCUUCUGGUUUCUUGUGUUUGGCAUUUGGGCUUCACGUUCACACGCUUCUCACUCCUCCACAUGAUAAAUUCUUCAUCAUCCUUAUCCUCGUGUUACUACUCUUUUUUGGUCUCUCUGUCAAUAUCAUUUACGUUAUUUCUCUUUUGAGACACAAAAUGUACAAUUAAUUACUCAUAUAAAAACAAAGACUAAAAAAGAAGAAAGGAAACUGAAUGAAGUCAUGAUAUUUUAGCAAAAAAUUUCCACCC